CUGGAGACAUUGACUUUUCUCACUCCCUCUUAUAUAUGCCUUUGUCUUGGUUGCUGCAGGUUUAAGGAAUUCACCAGUAAACAUAUACACUUGAUGUGUUAUCGGAUCUGCGUCCGUGCCCUAACGGCUAUCAUUACUUACCAUGACAGGGAAAACCGACCCCGGAAUGGCGGCAUCUGUGUAGCCAAUCAUACCUCUCCUAUUGAUGUUAUCAUUCUGGCCAGUGAUGGCUACUAUGCCAUGGUGGGCCAGAUUCAUGGGGGACUGAUGGGUGUGAUUCAGAGAGCUAUGGUGAAGGCCUGCCCUCAUGUGUGGUUCGAACGGUCUGAAGUGAGAGAUCGCCAACUGGUGGCUGAAAGACUGAGUGAGCAUGUACAGGAUAAGAACAAGCUACCUAUCCUCAUUUUCCCAGAAGGAACCUGCAUCAACAACACAUCGGUGAUGAUGUUCAAGAAAGGCAGUUUUGAAGUUGGAGCCACGGUUUAUCCUGUAGCUAUCAAGUAUGACCCACAGUUUGGAGAUGCUUUCUGGAAUAGCAGCAAAUAUGGGAUGGUGAACUAUCUUUUAAGAAUGAUGACCAGCUGGGCAAUUGUCUGCAGUGUUUGGUAUCUUCCCCCUAUGACCAAGGAGAUAAAUGAAGAUGCGAUCCACUUUGCAAAUCGGGUGAAGGCAGCCAUUGCCAGGCAGGGAGGACUUGUGGACCUAUUGUGGUGA